AUGUCAGUUACUCUUGUAGAAGUUAAAAAAAUGCUGAAGGAAAUGUUUUUGGAAUAUAGAAAAGAAAUGGAAACAAUGCUUAAGCAACAACAACAAAUAUUUAUAGAAAUCUUACGCGCAAAUACAAAAAUAAUUAAUGAGAGACUUGACAAAGUCGAAGAAAACUCUAAAGAAAGUGCAAACAAAAUAAAGAUAAUAGUAAAAGAUAUCGAAGACAUAAAAUUGAGCUUAAAUUUUCAUGAUGAAGUUUUUGGCAAAAAAAUUGCAACUAUCCACAAACAAAACAAUGAUCGAGUGGAAAAGGAAAACAUUACAACGCAAAAUAUAAAUGAAAAGCUAAGAAAAUUUGAAGAUAGAUUGAGAAGAAAUAAUUUAAGAAUAGAAGGGUUACCAGAAAGUGUGAAAGAAACAUGGAAUGAAACUGAGGAUAAAGUUAAACUAUUUUUAGUCAAUAAGUUGGGACUAAAUGGAAUAGAAGUUGAACGAGCUCAUCGAACCGGAGCCAGAAAAGAAGGAAGCUCCAGAACAGUUAUAAUGAAGUUGUUAAGAUACAAUGAUAAAACAAAAAUUCUAAAAGAGUCAUAUAGACUAAAAGGUACAAACAUUUACUUAAACGAAGGUUUUUCCCAUGAGACUGUCAAUAUUAGGAAAAGACUCCUGGCUGAAGUAAAAGAACGACGCGAUAAUGGUGAAAAUGUUGGUUUAAGUAUCGAAGAAUUAUCUUGUUUUAUAAAUGCGUCACAAAAUACUUUUUCAGCGCUGACAUUAAACAUACGCAGCAUGAGCAAAAACUUUGAAAACUUUAAAGAAAUGCUAAAAGACAUAAGUCACGAAUUUACGGUAAUAUGCCUUUUAGAAACAUGGUGCAAAGACGAAAAUACCAUAAACUCAAAUUUUCAAUUAAAAGGCUAUAAAGCUCUCCAUCAAACUCGUAGUAGAGAAAAUUAUUGCGGUAACACUAAAAAAACAUGGGGCGUAAUAAAAAAGGUAACAGGAAAAAAAAAAGAUGCUACCAAAGUGUUCCCGCAAUACUUAAAAACAGAUGAAAAUGAUACAGUAGCCAAUAAGGCAAUAGAUAUUGCAGAGAAAUUUAAUAACUAUUUUAUAAAAAUUGGGGAAAAACUAGCUAAUAAAAUAACUCGUGGAAAAAAAUGCUAUAAGCUGUAUCUAGAAAAAAAAGCCUCAGUCAUGAACGAGCUUGAAAUAACUCCGGAUGAGCUUAAAAAUGCAUUUAAUACCUUACAAGAAAACAAAAGUCCAGGACUAGAUAACAUUAGCGUGAACGUUGUAAAAAAUGUCUACAAUGUUAUUGAAUAUCCCCUUCUGCAUAUCUGUAAUCUGUCUUUAAAAAAUGGGGUGUUCCCUGACCAGCUAAAGCUAGCAAAAGUUGUUCCUAUAUUUAAAAGCGGAGACAAUUCGAUUGCUUCUAACUACAGGCCUAUUUCUAUUUUGCCAUGCAUUUCAAAAAUAUUAGAGCGCAUAAUGCACAAUAGGCUAAACAAUUAUCUAGUAAACCACCACCUACUAAAUAGUAACCAAUAUGGCUUUCAAAAACACCAUUCAACAGAACACGCUGUAGGCAAACUUGUCAAUGAAAUUUUAAAUGGAAAUAACAAUUUAAAAUGGUUUCGCUCUUACCUUAAUAAUCGGAAACAAGCUUUAUCAUAUAACAACACUGUAACACGACUUGAAGACAUUACUUGUGGGGUUCCACAAGGAUCAAUUCUUGGUCCAUUAUUAUUCCUCGUUUAUAUUAACGAUAUCUACUUAUCUUCUAACAUACUUAACUUUGUCCUUUUUGCCGAUGAUACGCAAGUGUUCUUUAGCCACACAAACAUUAGCCUAUUAUUUAACACUGUUAAUCAAGAACUUGAAAACCUGAACGAAUGGUUUAAGGCUAACAAACUCUCCUUAAAUGUCGAAAAAACUACAUCAGCUACUGCAACAUUAUCUGGGCAAGUACUUAUCCUUCAAAGUUAA